CAUUCAACUUUAGAUACAUACACUUACCCACACAAAUAUUUAAUUGUGGGUGUAGUAUAUAAAUUCAUGGCUCUCAUCAAGGGCCUCCAGUCGCUGGUUUACCAUGUUUUGAUAUUCUUCCCAAGAACCCUAAGAAAGUUUCACUUAAAGUGCCUGUAAAUAAAUAAUUUAGUUGUGCCUGGUGAUUUUAAUUACAAAAAUGCGGUUUUUUUCCGUUUGCUGGACACUUACUCUUUUAUUUUCUUCCGGAUUCUGUGCUAAAUUUCAUGACGGACAGUAUGAAUCUGCACCUCAUAUUAUUAUCUUCAUGGUGGAUGAUUUGGGAUGGAAUGACGUAAGUUUCCAUGGAUCCAGUCAAAUUUUUACGCCGAACAUUGAUGCUCUGGCUUACAACGGGAUAAUAUUGAAUAGACAUUACACACUGCCGUCAUGUACGCCAACCAGAGCUGCAUUUAUGUCGGGGAAAUAUCCGAUACGGAUGGGAAUGCAAGGGGAAGGAAUAGUAGGCGGUGAACCACGUGGACUACCAUUAAACGUACGAAUUCUCCCGGAGUAUCUCCGAGAUCUUGGAUACUCCACAAGACUUAUCGGCAAGUGGCACCUGGGAUUCUACACUAAGCAACACACUCCUCUGGAGCGGGGUUUUGAUCACUUUUUUGGAUUCUAUAACAGCCAUAUUGCUUACUUUGACUACAGAUACAAUUCACCUUCAGGAAAUGCCAGUGGGUUCGAUUUGCAUCGAGAUGAUUGUCCGGCUCACGACAUUCGCAACCAAUACGCCACGGAUUUGUUCACUGAAGAAGCAGUACGUAUAAUUGAAAAUCACGACUCGACGAACCCGCUGUACCUCCAAUUGAGUCAUCUUGGUGUUCAUGCUCCAAUAGAAGCACCGCUCGACAAUCCUUAUAUGGAAAACUUUGCUCAUAUUCGUGAUCCAAAUCGCCGGAAAUAUGCCUUGAUGGUAUCACGGAUUGAUGAGUCAUUAGGCCGCAUUGUUGCGACUUUAGGUGAUAAGAAUAUGUUGAAAGACAGUAUAAUUGUUUUUAUGACUGAUAAUGGAGCACCAACUAUUGGAACGCAUCGCAAUUCUGGAUCCAAUUGGCCACUGAGAGGUACCAAGUAUACGUUGUACGAGGGUGGUGUGAGAGGUGUAGCAGCAAUUUGGUCUCCACGAUUGCACGCAAUGGCUCGUGUAGCGAACAACCUAAUGCACGUGACCGACUGGCUCCCGACUUUGUAUUCAGCAGCUGGAGGGAACGUCGUAGAUUUGGGCGGAAUCGACGGCGUGGAUCACUGGCCACACUUGAACCGGGGCAGAGAUCCUCCCCGUCAUGAACUCCUGCUGAACAUCGACGAGGAGUCUAAAACAGAAGGAGUUAUUAAGCGCAAUUAUAAAUUAGUCCGCGGUACUUACAAGCGCGGGUACUACGAUCAGUAUUACGGAGAGUCUGGAAAAAAUCACGACGCAGUGGCCUAUAAUUUCACUUUGGUCCACACCAGCGUGGUCUCUUCGGCGAUCCACGCUCACUUGGGCCACCCAAUGACCCAGCCGACUUACAUGACUCACUUAUGGGAGAACGCGACAGUUGUGUGCGAGCACAAAAGUACUUUUUCUUAUUGCAAUGAAACAGAGUGUCUCUUCAACAUUCUUACAGAUCCCUGCGAGAGGACAAACAUCGCUAAAAGAUAUCCAAAGGUUGUCUCCGAGCUGGAUAUGAUCCUGGAAAAAUACGGCAGUGUAUUAGUGAGGCAGCCGAAGCUGCCAAUUGACGAGAUGGCCGAUCCUAAAAGACGGAACGACACCUGGGCACCCUGGCUUGAUCAGGGACCAACUAUCUACCCUUGGCCAGGGAACAAUGCAGCAGCAACAGUUUGUACGUUAGCAGUGUGUGUUCAUGUUGGAAUAGCUUUACUUAUUGUCAGUAUAAGUGCUUUCUUUGGACUCAAUGACUCUGUCAUGAGCUAAAAAAAAUGCUGUUCUGCGACUAUUUCUUUUCUUUUCUCACUAGGAAGUGUUCAAGUAUUACGUAAGCAGGUUUAAGGAUUUCAUACGUUCAAUUUUUUAUUUUUUAGCUAUU